AUGGAACUUCUUCGUCUCAAGGAGGCAAUGAGCAAUGCACCACAUGCUCAGCAAUUGGCCACUCAGUUUGCAGCUGAUGCCCAGGAAAUAAAUCGUUUACUUCGCGAAUUUAACAUUUCGUGUUCUCAUGUUUAUCAGGCACAGGAGGUUCUGGCCAAUGCCUACUUACGAAUGUCAGAAAUUUCUCGGCAAAUUGGUGGCAAGUUGUCUGGGAUGCACCGAGCGGAAGCAGAGGAGUUGAGAUCUACUCUCUUCCUGCCAUCCCACAAAUUGCCUAGUCAGCCUGGGUUACAGCUUGUGGACAACUUAGCUCCAACCAGCGAGGGAGAGGGGGGAAGUCCCACCACAAUCCAAUUUGCCGAUCUGCCAGCUACUGAGCGUCAUCGCGAAGCGUGUGAACGGGAGGUGCACGCUUCUCUUGGACGCUACAUGCGUCUAACAAGGAGAUGUGGCCCUAAGGAACAUGACGACGCUGUACUGGAACUCUCGAAGCGCCGUCGAAUGUUCCAGAAGGCCUCAGUUAUCUACCACGCCCGUCUCAACGCUGCCCACUUUGAACGGGAGAUGGUUCCUCUGAAUGCUUUCUACGGCUUUCUCACUACUCUUCGCAAUCACAGCAAACGAAUUCAUGAUGUUGUUGAGCAACCCUCUCUCGGACAAUUUGCGGAGGUUAUUAAGGCACAAUUUGAUUGCCGCCAGGUGCAAUCUACGCAAGCAACCGAAGAGUUCUUGAAUACUCUUACGAACAUGCAGAAUCACUCCUUGGCCUUGUUUGCUCCUGAACCCCUGUUUGCAAAAUCAGACAAGUCCUAUCUGCGCACUCCUGAUACGGAUCUACUUUCCAAGAGCGGUUAUCUCUACAUGCGGGUUAAGAAAACAUUCGGUUACGAUUGGACCGAGGUCUAUUGUUUUACACAGGGCGGUAAUCUGCUCUACCAACAGAAGGGCGAUCUUGGUGCAGGAGUUCUUGUUAACCUCAAUGGAAAGGGUGUGUUUGCUGAACCAGUGGAUAUCGACGAUCGCAGAUACACGUUCCAGAUUGUCUCAGCUGCAGAGAAACGUGAGAAGAAACCGCAACAGGAAGCAAGCAGUUUUCUCAACUCACUCUUUGCAGUUGAUACUCAACCUCUAACUCAAACUGUGAUACUUCAAGCCGAAAAUUCAACAGAUCGCGAUGAGUGGAUCCAAACUAUCUCCAAUAUCAUCGUAAACACCAGCAGUUUUGCCAGCAAGGGCUUGCAGCCUCCGGAACCGAAAUUGAAAGAGCCUCUGCCAUUUGUCCUAGUUCCUCGCACCCAAUUUCCAGUCGAGGCCGCCUCGAGAGAUAGUGAUGAGGACCUGGGAGAGGAGGAGAUGGAGAGUGAGUUGAAUCGAGCCUUACGUAUUUCACUUGCAUCGCCCUCCGCUUGGAUAUCUCAAUCCCCUCCUCUUCACUUUGAACUCAUCCCUGUGGAUGCUUCCGCCCCGCCUCCACCUGCCUCCACUCAAGCAGCUUCUGACGCGGGAGACGGAGAAGGACCAAGUACAACAGAAAAGCCUCCUGAUGCUGAUAUUCCACUCACUUUUAUUGGAUCGAUGCCGUUGCCUCGCUUUCAUGCUAAUCCAAUGGCGGUUGGAGAGUUUGCCAAGUACCUUCUAACCAAGCGAUCCGAGGCUAAACCAUCUGAUCAGAGCUGUGUGGCCCGUUUUACCCCGGACGCCCUCUUUCUCCUUGAAUCCUCCUCUCCCGAGUCUCACCAACAAACUGUUCUUAGCAACUUUAGACUCGCCCAGAUCGUCCACUGUGUGGAGAUAAAUGUGCCAGAUGAUAAACCUGUAUCACAACGAAAACUCGUUAUCGUGAUGACUUCAGAGCCACAUUCAGCCCAGUGGAUUGAUCUCACUUCUGGGGGCCUGUAUAUCUGCCACUUCUUUGAGACAUCCAAUCCUGCUGAGUUCGCUGAACGGGUGCUGAAUCUUCAGUUGGUACGUCUUGCCGCUCUCAACGAGGUGGGCGAGUCGCCCGAAAAGGUACGUCAUCGUCAUGUUUAUAUUCGCCUCUCUCUCAUUUCCUUCUGCACCUUCAUGAGUGGAGCUGCGUUUGAGCAAAAACUACCCAGAGGAUAUCGGUUUGGGGUUAUUGAAAGUGCCAUAACAGGACCACUUGUGGCUUCAUUCGGUAGUGCUCAAGCCCCCAUCUAG